CUUUUUACAAAAUUGAAUCAACCAACAUCCACCACCUUUAUGUUAUGAUUCAAUUAAUAAAUAAUUGUCACACAUCUUUUUCAUCGAAAUUUUUGUCACACUAAAACUUAAAAAAUAUUGAUCAUAUAAAUUCAUUCAAAACAUCUAAAAAGAAGAAAAAAAAAAAAAAAAAAGUGAAAAUCUUGAUACCAAACCCUUUGGUUUUUGAGCAGUGUAAUGGUGUAAUAAAUAUCAGAAUAACAGUUAACUUGUUUUCUUCUUCUUCUUCUUCUUCUUCUGUUUUCCGAACGAAGCUUUGUUGGCGGUUUUGAUGGCGCCUCCGAAGCUUUUCGUCUUCGCUAUUUCCGUUGCCCUAAUUUUCUCCUUCGUUACUUCCGAAGCCGAUGUUUCUAUUGAAGAUUCUGAUUCCUCUGCUCUUAAGAUCCAAUUAGAUCAACUCAAUUCUAAGAUCCAAUCUCUCGAGUCUCAAAUCAGUGAGAAAACACAAGAAUUGAAGAAAAAGGAUCAAGUAAUUGCAGAAAAAGAAAAACUUUUCCAAGAUAAGUUGAGUAGCAUUCAAUCCUUGCAGAAUGAGGUUGCUUCUCUUCAGAAAAAAGGGUCAUUGGAUGCUGAGGAGCAGGUUGGAAAGGCUUAUGCACGUGCCGGUGAACUACAGAAGCAGGUUGACAAGCUUAAAAGCGAACUCGAAGCACAAAACAGUGAGAAAGUGAACUGGGAAUCUCGGGUAGCCAAGUUAGAGAAAAAGAUUCAUGAUUUGAACUCAAAACUAGAGGAUGUUCAAAAGAUAAAUGAGGAACAAAAGAAACAAAUCCGCAAAACUGAACGUGCACUUAAAGUUGCCGAGGAAGAAAUGUUAAAGGCAAAGCUAGAGGCAACUACCAAAGCAAAAGAGCUGAGCGAGACUCAUGGUGCUUGGCUUCCUCCUUGGCUGGCUGUACAUUAUAUUCGUAGUAAGUCCGUGGCUGAGAGUCAUUGGAAUGAACAUGGGAAGCCUCUGUUGGAAGUGAUAUCUCAAAAGGCCCUAGAGAAAAAGGCACAAGCUGGAAAAUGGGCUGAACCUCACGUGGAAACAAUUAAAACCAAAUGGGUUCCAGCCGUGAAAGAACAGUGGUCUGUGGUGAAAACAAAGGCCGAACCUCAUGUGCAGGCACUGACUUCAAAGACUGUUGAGGUUUACAAGUCCUCAAAGGAUGCACUUGCUCCCCACUUGAACAAGGCAAAAGAAUGUGUAGAUCCUUAUUAUCAGGAAGCUCGAAAGUUUAGCAAGCCAUACAUUGAUCAGGUCGCUACUGCGGCUAAGCCUCAUGUUGAGAAUGUACAAGUGGUUCUGAAGCCCUACACAAAGAAGGUUGUUCUCGCUUAUGGGAAUUUCUUGGAAUCAGCCACUGCAUAUCAUCGCCAGGUCCAAGCUACUGUUCAAGAGACGUUGAAAAAGCACGAGCUUACUAGACCUCUUGCUACCAAAGAAUUGGAAUGGUUUGCGGCCUCUGCCCUUCUGGCCUUGCCUAUUAUCUUAAUAGCUAGAGUUUUUUCUGCCAUUUUCUGCAAAAAGGCAAGUAAACCCGCUCGAAGUGGAAACACCCACCAUGCUCGUCGUAAAGCUAAGCGAGGUCAUCCAGACAAGUAGAUAGCAUGAAGUUGGCUGCUGGUUUAUUUUUUUCGGAGAGAAGUUUAGAUGGCUGGCACAUGUGGGGCUACAUAUUUAUUUGAACGUGGGGCUUGAAUGUUGCACUUCUUUUUGGGUUAGGUAAAUUUAGGACGUUUCACUGUAGAGUUGGGCGCACAAUAUUGUUUGGGUGUUCAUGUAUUAUGGCUGUUAUAUUUGUUAUUAAACCUGGUACUCACUCUUUUAUGUUGAUUUUUUAUUUAAAUUUAUAGACACUAGCAAAAGCAUUUCCACUUUCAAGUAUGUUUAUUAGAUUUAGAGCGCCUAUUCCGGUUGUCUGUACUAUAAGUUUAUCACACAAAGAAACUGAUUCAUGGUUUAUUCUUUGUUGGAACUUCAUGUUUUCCCUUUUUCA